AUGGCGCCAUAUCACUCACGGUCCUCGGCGCGCGACAACCUCCGUUCCGUCCUCGCUGUUGCGGUGUUCCUGACGGCCGGCGCUUGCGCCGGCGUCGCGGAGGCACGGUACGGCGCCGGUCAGUGCAGCACGGUGGCGUCGAUCGUGAGCGAGGAGCUCUACUCCUCGCUGUUCCUGCAUAAGGACGACGCGGCCUGCCCGGCCAAGGGGUUCUACACCUACGCGUCGUUCAUCCGUGCUACCAGGAAGUUCCCCAAGUUUGGCGGCGCCGGCAACCUCGUCACGCGCAAGCGUGAGAUCGCCGCCUUCCUGGCGCAGAUCUCCCACGAGACGACGGGAGGGUGGGCGACGGCGCCGGACGGCCCGUAUUCGUGGGGCCUGUGUUUCAAGGAGGAGAUCAGCCCGCAGAGCAGCUACUGCGACGCCACGGACAAGCAGUGGCCGUGCUACCCCGGCAAGUCCUACCACGGCAGAGGGCCCAUCCAACUCUCAUGGAACUUCAACUACGGGCCAGCGGGGCAGGCCCUGGGCUUCGACGGGCUGCGGAACCCAGAGCUGGUGGCCAACUGCUCCGACACGGCGUUCCAGACGGCGCUGUGGUUCUGGAUGACGCCCAGGCAGCCCAAGCCGUCGUGCCACCAGGUCAUGGUCGGCGAGUACUGCCCCAGCGCGGCGGACGCCGCCGCCAACCGCACGGCCGGCUUCGGGCUCGUCACCAACAUCGUCAACGGUGGCCUCGAGUGCAACAUCACCAAUGACGCGCGGGUCAACAGCCGGAUCGGAUUCUACCGGAGGUACUGCCAGGUCCUCGGCGUAGACGUCGGCUCCAACCUCGACUGCGCGCACCAGCUGCCAUACUCAUGAUUAGCUCCCAUUUAUCCGAUCGAAUGGUCUCGCCCUUGUGUCCAAAUCACUAGUUAACAACUUCUUGUCAAGGGAUAGGAACUUUUGAGUUGUUAAUC